AUGAAUUUCAUUAGUCUGGAUCACUAAAUACAUUCAAUCGAAGAUUAUGAUAUUCUUUGCGCCCUCGACCGUACAGACUACUCCACUGUUUACAAGGCUUUGGACAAGAAGACAGGACUCAUCGUAGCCAUCAAAGUCAUCAAUUUGGUCAAUCAGGCAGAAUUGGCUCAGGCUGUCUAGACCUACCGCACUAAACCCUUCAGAAACAUAUGCUUGGUCGAUAAGUGUUUUGGACAAGAUGGCAAACUCUUUAUAGUGAUGGAAUACUUUGCUGGGGGAUCAUUGAAGGAUUUGAUUCAUUUGUUCAAGAUCAACAAACAGACUUUGGAGACACAAUAUGUGCAAGUGAUCAUAAGAGAACUUUUGCUUGGCGUAUAGGAGAUCCAUUAGGAAGGUCUUGUGCAUAGACAUAUUAAAUCUGCCAAUCUCUUCCUUUCCCAAGAAGCCAAAGUCAAACUCUCCUAUUUCUCCACCAAUAAGGAGUUUGCCGAUACCAUCAAUAAAUCGCAGUCCCAUAUCCUCAGUCUCCCCUAUUGGAUGGCUCCAGAAACCAUUCAAUCCUCUUUGACUGAUCAGAAAACUGACAUCUGGGCCAUUGGUAUCACUGCAUUCGAAUUAAUCACUUCCAAGAUACCUUAUGAGGAUGUGCCUCCAUAGAAGGUGAUCUUCAAAAUAGUCCAACAGCCUCCAAGAUUGAGUGGGGAUUAUCCAAAUGAGAUGAUCGAUUUUGUGCAUUAGUGUCUGCAACGAGAUCCUCGUCUGAGACCGACUGCUGUUUAGUUGCUUACUCAUCCCUUCAUUAGGAAUGCCAAAAAAACUCAGUUGCUGUUUGAGUUGCUUGAAAGGGCUGGGAUGCUGAGUGGAGAACAACAAUAGGCCAGUUGCGAAACUCUCAACUACACACACAAUCGAGUUGUCACUUCCCUCAAGUUAGAUGCCAGUGGAACACCGAUACGAGAGGAUGACGAAUCACUCAAAGAAGAAACCUUGAAGAUUAAGCGUACUUUCAGGAAGAUAGAGAAAUAUAAGCCCGGAUUGGGCAAAAUCGUAUUGACAUUAUACCUUUGCAGAUAUACCAUGAAAUCAUCCAAGUCCUCAAAGCCAAGACCCCCUGAUGAAUACAGCAAUCUAAUUACGCAUUCUCAUUAAUUAUAAUAAAUGAAAACCAACAAUGAGCCUUCUCUCUUCAAAUAUCGUGUCCUUGAACAAAAAAACAAAAAAAUCAUCCUGGAGGCAGAUGAGGAUCAAUUCAACUCGUUUGCCAACGCUCUCUCCAUCAUCCAAAGGUUUCACGACGACAUCAAACAAUAACUCAACCCUCAACAACCCUCCUCUAGAAAAAUACGCGGUAUUGCAUCCCCCAAUUAUCCUCAGUCAAUUCCGACUCUGAGAAAUCCAACAAUGUUUCCCAUCCCUACCCGAACCCAGACAUCAAGGAGGAUCAGGACUUUAGAAGGUAUCCCAAUAUACUCCCUACUCCCUAGGCGUAUCCCUCAUUUCUUCCUGUCUCGUUUCAAGAAGUGGGCCAAAAUGAUGGAACAAGAUGCUGCCUACAAGUAUCUACAAAACGUUCAAGAAUCAAAAGUACUCUCCCAUCCUAUCCUUAUCUAGACCUCCAAACAACAACGAUUCGAAUUAGGAGACUUGCAAAGGUGCUUUCAAGUUUAAGUCAAUGAACCCAAAGAGUCCAAGCUCUGCAAGAAUUUACUCAAAGACCUUUUCAUCUCCUUCCUCCAGAAUGAAGCCACACUAUAAAUCAUCCAUUAUAAUAAAAUCAGUUCAAUCGAAUAAAAACAUAAAUAUAUUGCUGAAAUUAAAAAUAUGAUUCAAGAGAUGUACGAACUCAAACCCUUUGACUCCUAUCUCUCCUCUGAAAAAAUCAAAGGAAAGAAAACCAUCAACAACAACAUCUGCCAAUCCCCUAUCCAAGAAAAACAAGAAGAGCAAAGAGACGACUUCCAAAUCCCCCAAAUCCAGGAAAAAUACUCCAACGAAAGCUUUAAAAAGUACACUCAAGCUCCCUCCCUUGUGAAAAUGAAUAGUUUCUAAUGA